AUGAAAUUUGACAAUGUCCUCUCAGAAAUCAAUGGAUUUGGGAAAUUUCAAAUAAUGAUCGUCCUGAUUCAGAGUCUCUCUCGCAUGACCCUGCCGUGUCACUUCUUACUGAAUAACUUCAUAGCUGCUGUGCCCUCUCACCAUUGUGACCUUAGCGCUCUGGAUGAUGAGGGUGUCUUUGGGAAUCUGACCCAGGAGCAGAGACUGACUGUCAGUAUUCCAGUACAGGAAGAUGGGACUCCAAGCUCCUGUAAGAUGUUCCCAGAGUCCCAGUUCCACCUUCUGUCCAACUCCAAUGACAGUGACCUAGCUACAGUCCCCUGCCAGAAUGGAUGGGUAUAUGACAACAGCACCUUCAAAUCCACUCUUGCUACAGAGUGGGACCUUGUAUGCGAUAGAAAAGGGAUGAACAAAGCGACAGCUACCAUUUUCUUCAUUGGAGUAAUGUGUGGGGCUCCUUUAUUCGGUUUCCUCAGUGACAGAUUCGGCCGGAGGGCAAUGCUGAUGGUGGCUUACCUGUCAACUAUGGUGUUUGCCUUUACCAGUGCCUUCUCCACCUCCUAUGUCAUGUUUUGUAUCAUGAGAUUUUUCACCGGAGUGACACUAUCUGGAAUAAGCAUAAUCUCCAUUGUACUCAGUGUGGAAUGGUUUGACAUUCAACACAGGACCUUUGCUGGAGUGAUAGUAAGCCUGGAUUGGACAGGUGGAAACAUGCUGCUAGCUAGCAUUGCAUACUUUGUGAACGACUGGAGGUGGCUGACCAUAGCAGUUACCUCGCCUCUUGUCUUGGCUGUCAUUACCUGGUGGUGGCUUCCAGAGUCUGCUAGGUGGCUCUUAGCGAAUGGAGAAAAAGAAAAAGCCCUUUUCUACCUGGAGAAAUGUGCCAAGAUGAACAACAGAUCCAAGUGUAUGGCUGAGAUCACACCACAGACCCUUACGAAUGCAGUAACAGUUGAAAAUGAGGACAAGAAGUACGGUUUUGUGGACCUUGUGAGAACUCCAAAUAUAAGGAAACUUGCCAUUUGCACAGGGAUACUAUGGUAUGGAGUUGCGUUUACAUAUUACGGCAUCAGCCUGAACAUCACUGGGUUUGGCAUGAAUGUCUACUUCACACAGUUCAUAUACGCUGCCAUCGAGAUGCCUGGAAAGAUUGUGGUCUAUUACUUCUUGAACAAGUUUGGCCGAAAACCAGGACAGGUUGGGACACUGCUUUUGACUGGAGCCUGUGUCUUCAUCAACAUAUUUGUUCCUCAAGGUAUGUGGGUGUUUCGUACCAUCAUGGGUCUUUUUGGGAAAGGCCUGUCAGAAGCAUCCUUCACAAUAAUGUUCCUUUAUACCACUGAGCUCUACCCAACAGUAGUUCGGCAGAACGGCGUUGGCUACACCUCGUUUGUGGGUCGGCUGGGCGUGUCCAUCGCUCCCCUCGUCGCCCUAUUGGACGAUGUGUGGGAGCUCCUCCCUGCUGUGAUAUAUAGCUUGGUGGCUGUUGGUACCGGACUAGUGGCUUUGCUCCUCCCAGAAACAUUCAAUGUUCGCCUGCCAGAGUUCAUCGAGGACAUAGAGAGACCAAGAGCUGAACUGGAUGGAGAGAGUGGCAUUCCACUGAAGCAAGCUGAUGAAAACAGAAAUGGAAAUGGAGCAGUUGAGGUUACAUGAAUCCACACAGAGAUCCUAUUAGAUUACAAAAGGAUUCUAUAUGUAGUUCUAUGUGAAUCCAUGUCACUCAGAGAGACAGCAGUUUUCAAGCAAGUGCAUGAAAGAUGGACACAGAGCAGAAUAUCUACCUAGAAGAAAUAUAAUGGAUGGACCAGAAAAUAGAUGUACUAGGGUCCUACUAACUUAACCAAAACAACUAAAAACAACCAAAAACAACCCAUCAUAACCCUUUAUGUAACACACAUGAUAAAAGUUACUGAUAACCUCUGAAAUAUCAAUUAGUAAUAGUACUUACUUGGUUAGUACUUACAUAGUACAUACCUGGUUAUUCCAUGGUGAAAGAUCAUUGUAAAAUGAAUUGUAUCCAUUUUCUUACAUGGACAUUAUUGAAUCUACAGUUUUUUUCUUCAGAAAUACUGGUGUUUGUGUGUCUUACCAUGUGUCUUGGCAAUAAACCUGUGUUCUAUA